CCCACCUCAAUGUCUCACGCCAGUCUCGACUGAAGACGCGCAUGCGAAAGGAGAUAUAGAGGGGAAAAGGAGCCAGCACGGCCUCGACCUGGCAUCUUCCACUAAAAUGAGUCCCCAAGACUCAUCCAACAACACAGAGGAUGAAGGAGAAGCUGGUAGUGAUGCCUUUAUUCUGUUUAACGACAGCAUGGGUUUACACCCACCUGGUUUCCACAGUGACAUCACCAAGCACCUUGGAGUUCAGAUCACGUUGAUAAUGGCAUACUCCCUCAUCAUUCUGCUGGGGCUGCUGGGCAACUCUCUCGUCAUCUACAUGAUCAUUCGCUACAGAACCAUGCGAACAGUGACCAACUUCUUCAUCGCCAACCUGGCCCUGGCCGACUUGUUAGUGGACACUCUGUGCUUGCCCUUCACUCUGGUCUACACUCUGUUAGAUGAGUGGAAGUUUGGGGCCGUGCUGUGCCACAUGGUACCCUUUGCCCAGGCCCUGAGUGUGCAUGUCUCCAUCCUUACGAUGACCGUCAUCGCUCUGGAACGUUACCGCUGUAUCGUUUUCCACCUCGGUCGACGCCUCACGUGGAACUCCAGCUUCCUCAUCAUGGCGAUCACCUGGACUACGUCUGCCAUCCUGGCAGCGCCCUUGGCCAUCUUCAGAGAGUACCGCAACGAAGAGAUACCUUCCAUCAACCUGCGCAUCGAUGUCUGCUCGGAGAAGUGGCCCCACGAGACCAGCAGGGGUGGAGUCAUCUACAGCCUCUCGGUGCUGCUCCUGCAGUACAUUAUUCCUUUAGCCAUCAUUAGCUAUGCCUACAUCUGCAUCUGGGUCAAGCUGAAGAAUCACAUCAGCCCAUCCAGCCGCAACGACAGCAUCAACCGCCGCAAAAAGACCACCAAGAUGUUGGCGCUUGUAGUGGUGGUGUUUGCUUUCUGCUGGCUGCCGUUCCAUGUGUUCCAGCUGGCCAGCGAUCUGGACCUGGUGCUUCGGUUUAAGGAGUACAAACUGAUAUACACGGUGUUCCAUAUCGUGGCAAUGUGUUCAACUUUUACCAACCCUCUACUGUACGGGUGGAUGAAUAAAAACUACCGGAAUGGCUUCCUCAUGGUCUUUCGCUGUGAGGAUAAGCCAGAGUCUUUCCACCCCGAGGGCUCACUAAGGACCCGCUCCAUACGAGGCCUGACUCUCAAUGGUCGUAAUGGUGGGCACCCUCCCACCGCUGUAUGA